AUGGUGGUGGUAGUGGCGAUGGGGAGGCUAGAGUUGCGGUGGUGGUGGUGGUAAUGGCAGUGGGUAGUGUAAGGCUAUGUGGUUGUAAUGGUAGAUGAUGGUGGUCACUUUGUUUUCCAAGGGAGAAAAUGUACGUAAGAAAAAAUAUAACAUCAUUUUAAUGCUAAUGAGAGUAUUACUUGCAAAUCACUUUAUAGGCUCAACUCCGCUUUUUAUAAAUAAAUAAUAAAAAAAAGCUUUUAAAACUAACCUAUAUAAGAUGCUUUUUUAAAAAGUUGAUGUUUGAAUGUCAUUGAUUUUAAAAUAAACAGUAAAUUUUAUUUCUACCAAGCAUUUUGUUACUUCUUUUCUUUUUUUCUUUUUUUUUUCUUUUUUUUGGAGAAAAAAUAUUUUUUUAUUAGUUUAACUUUAAACAGUUUUUGGUGAAAUAAAAAUACCAAACAGGCCUAAAUUCACCCACAAAUUGCAAUAGAAAACUAAGCAGGCAUGAUAUUUUAUUCACACGUGUCGCUGACUUAUUAGGCCAAUGGCGCCAUUAAAAUAGUCAAAGAUAGAUGUGUAGUUUCUAUAUAUAGCCUAUCCAUAAGUUAUAUAUUACAUAAUCUGUUAAUUUGUAUUUCAAUACACAGGUUAAUUACAAACCAGUAAGACAAUUUAAUAGUAAAAUCCAAACUCGUUCCCCAUUAAAAAAAAAAAAAGAAAAAAGAAAAAAACAAGGAAUGUUUUUUAACCACUUUUGGCCUAUAUAAGCUCUAAUAAAUGGGCAAAAUGUAUCAAAAUAGUUUCUUACAGGCGGCAGGUUGAUCAAUACCGUCCGUGUUCUUAUUGGCUAGCUACUCUUUUCUUCUUAAUCUUCUUAACCCUUACGCUAACAUUAAUAUUGAUCUUAUUCAAUUGCAGAAACCUUAAAACAAAAAGAGCAUAAGGGGGCUGAUAUGGGGAGGGGGAAGAUUGUGAUUCGGAGGAUCGAUAAUUCGACGAGCAGGCAAGUGACUUUCUCAAAGCGUAGGAAGGGUUUAAUUAAGAAGGCAAAAGAGCUGGCGAUUUUGUGCGAUGCAGAAGUUGGACUUGUGAUCUUCUCAAGCACCGGAAAGCUUUAUGAAUUUGCAAGCAACAGCUUGAAUUCAGUGAUAGAGAGAUACAACAGAUCAAAGGAGGGACAUCAGCAACUUCGUAACCCAGCUUCAGAAGUGAAGUUUUGGCAAAGGGAGGUAGCCAGCUUAAGGCAAGAACUACAGAACUUGAGAGAGAAUCAUCGGCAAUUCAUGGGAGAACAACUUUGUGGUUUAAGUGUCAAAGAACUAAAGGGUCUAGAAAGUCAGUUAGAAAUGAGUCUGCAAGAAAUUCGAAUGAAAAAGGAACAAAUAUUGACCGAUGAAAUAGAAGACCUAAAUCAAAAGGGUAAUAUCAUCCAUCUGCAAAAUAUGGAACUGUACAAGAAGGUUUAUGGCACAAGUGCCGUGAAUUCAGAAAGUAGAAAUGUCUGCAUUCCCAAUGCCAUGUGGACAGGUGAGGAGUCACAUGUACCAUUCCACCUUCAACUAAACUAGCCCAACCAACAAAUGUAACAGACGUCAACAACAACAAGCAAUUUGAUGAAGUCUACACUCCAAGGAAGUGCGCUGUUUCUCUAAACAAGUACACUGCUACAAGCAUCCAAAAUGUAAAACUUAGUUUUUGCAAACUUCUUUUUGGGGCCCUGGAGUGUUGGGCAUGUCCUUUUCUCGGCCUGGUGGGCUUUCUUUGUGUUAGUUUUUGCACACUUUCUUUGUGCGAUACACAAAGAAAAUAAACUUUUUAUGUUGUGUGCUUGGAAAUGUUUGAUUAGUACCAUAAAGCAUGACCUAAACAUGCUUUUUUAUUUAAUUAUCACAGAUAUUUGUUGAAUUUGUCAUCACAUAUCAAUUUCAUUCUUACCAUCCUCGUCUUAAUCCUGGGUUCUUCUCUCUAUUCCUCCCUCCUUCUAUUUAUCCCAUAAUUUUCUUUCCAUUGAUUGAAUCUGAUUAUGGUUCUCUCAAAUUUUCAAUUGAUUAUAAAAUUCUCUCUUUUAAUUAAAAAUGGGGUUUAUCAUUUUUUGCAUAUCUGAAAUUAAAGAGAGAGAUAAAAUUUCCCCUCAUGAUAUCUUCAUAAAAAUUUCUCCACCAAUUCGGAUUCGAAUUUGCCGUUGAUUUCUUCAAGGGACAAGUUCCACUCGGUGUCCGUUUUAGCUUGGACAAUACCACCUUUUCAAACACGACGCUGGGAAGGAUAAUUAGAGAUAUUUGAUGCUACUGUUUGCCCUGCACAAAUAAUUAACCGAAUACUAAACAGAAUAUAUAUAUGCAACGUUGAACUGUUAUUAUUCUGGAUUACGCACCAUGAAAGAAAAAUGGGAAAAUAUGAUCUCCCGUGUAUUGAUUUGUAGGUCGCUACGAUUUCAAAAUGCAUUCAAGAGUUAUUGCAAAAUUCCCACACUUUGUAAACCUAAAAUUAUAAAUUGAUAAAGCAUACGAAGAAACGAAGAGAGCGAGAGAGAGUCAGAAAUCUCGUGUGGAAGUGCCGCUCAUAGAAACCAAUAUUGGUACUGCGUUUGCACAUUGAAUUUCAUCAUCCCCUCACAAAUAACCACCCAAAACAAAAUCAUCAAAUUUCAUACACAAACCAAGAAAUUGAAA